CGCCGGCGCGGCGCCCGGCAGCUCAGAGCCGUCCGGCGGCGGCGGAGAGCGGACGGAGUCGGGCCGCGGGGUGCCGACCGGCGCAAGAGGCGGCGAAGCCCCGAGGGGUUGAUCCCGGGCGACAAGGAGGGAUCCUGCAAUCCCGGCGCCGUUCCCAAACUUUCCGCAGUUAUUCCCCGUGCAUCCGAGAGAAUUUCUGGUCUCCCGGAACCGUUUCCAAGAACCUGGGAGUGAUCCCGGCGCCCCGGAGCGAUCCUGGGAAUCUGGGAGUGAUCCUUGUGUCCCGGAGCGAUCCUGGGAAUCUGGGAGUGAUCCGGGAUCUGGAGGUUGAUCCCCGGGACUCUGGGCGUGUUCCCGGGAUCCCGGAGUUGUUCCCGGGGUUUGGGACCAUGAACAACGUGAGCGGCGGGGCGGUGCUGGAGCCGCCGCUCCCGGGACACCACGUCCCGGCGCUGGUUCUCGGGACGCUCCUCAUCCUGCUGAUCAUCGCCGGGAACCUGCUGGUCUGUCUGAGCGUCUGCACCGAGCGGCCGCUCCGAACCGCCACCAACGUGUUCAUCGCCAGCCUGGCGGUGUCCGACCUGCUGCUCGCCCUCCUCGUCCUCCCGCUCUACGUCUUCCAGGAGUUCCAGGGUGGAGUUUGGACCCUGGGGCCUGGUCUCUGUGACUACCUCAUGACCAUGGAUGUCAUGCUGUGCACAGCCUCCAUUUUCAACCUGUGUGCCAUCAGUGUGGACAGGUUUAUUGCUGUGUCGGUCCCCUUGAACUACAGCAGGAAACACAUCGACACGCGGCAGGUGGCCCUGAUCUCCAUGACCUGGAUCCUGGCCUUUGCCGUAGCCUCUCCGAUCGCUUUUGGCCUGAACCACGUCCCGGAUCGAGACGCGAGUGUGUGCCGGCUGGAAGGCAGCAGAUAUAUCAUCUGGUCGUCGGUGUGCUCCUUUGUCCUGCCCUGCCCCGUGAUGCUGCUCCUGUACUGUGGAAUGUUGCGGGGCCUCAAGCGCUGGGAGCAAGCCCGAAGCCACCGACUCCGGCGGAACAUGCACGGCUUCAGGAAGAUUAACGGGAGCCCCUCGGAGCCCCAGAGCCCACGGGAGGAGUUGCAGCCCUUCCCGGACCCGGCCUGUGAUCUAUCGGAACAUCCCGAGCGAUCGCUGCACACCCUGAGUUCAGCACAGCUGAAGUACGUCCAGACACGCCCCGGUGGCAGGAAACAGGCCAAGAUCAACGGCAGGGAGCACAAAGCCAUGAAAGUCUUGCCGAUUGUUGUGGGGGCUUUUCUCUUUUGUUGGACUCCAUUUUUUGUGGUUCACAUAACGAGAGCGAGCUGUGAGACCUGCAACAUCCCACCGCAACUGAUCAGCACGGUGACGUGGCUCGGGUACGUGAACAGUGCACUCAAUCCCAUCAUCUACACCAUCUUCAAUGAGGAAUUCAGGAACUUCUUUCGAAAGAUUUUGUACCCCUGCUGCUGACCAGAAACCGGCCAGAACUGAAGCAAUAAA